GGAGACCCCCCGUACGACGUACGGGGGACGACACAAGAUUCAUCCGAAACGUACACGCUUGGGGACCACUGUCGUCUAACUAUGACUGAACUUCGUUGUUUUGGGGUCUGGGUGACCGAUAACAGAAUACGUACUGUGGGUCGUGGUUGAUGUUGGGACGUGCUGACUGUUCUGAGCGCAUGUGGGUUCAUUUCCUUCGUGUGUUUCAGGGAAUGGCUACACACGGACGAAGCCGCUCCGCUAGUGGUUUCGCCCCGCAUGGAGAGGAGCGUCGAGGGAUGACAUCGUCGCCGACAAGGGAAACGAGUUGGGGAGUUGGCGGUGGGGAGGAAGAACGACGGGCUCAAAACUUGUGGUGCGACUACAACAAACGUGUCUGGUAUUUGGACUGGGCGAGCCAGGACGGCUCCGAUCCGUUGCAACCACCGUGCGGGCCGCUCUUAUACAAUUUCAAGUUUACGUUGAAGAAACAUUACAGAAGUGAUGGUUCCGUCGACGACAUCGCAAAAGGAUGCAAGGUUGCUGGGAGGAUGUUCGGCGGGUACGGUCGGCGUGCGAUGUCUUUGCCGUACUUUGUCCCGCUAGCGCCGGGGCACGACGGGGCCGUUCACGUGACAGACUUCCUUGAGGUCUGGGCGAGAUCUGGUACCUCUGUCAGUGUCGUGGAUGUCGGACCUGGGACAUCGGUCAGUGGUCCUGUUGGGUUCGCAGGAGGAGAGUGCUCUGAAAGGGGGAUGGGAGGUCAGGGUGGCCUGCCAGUUACGCCUCCUGAUCAAGAGGUGGGCAUGUCAGACGACUCGGAGGACGACCAUCCGCGUGCUCCUUCGAAACCGAGCUUGCAUGGAUCUCGCCGCCAAGGUUUGCUUGGGGAGUCGACGCCACGUGGAGGCGGCGAUGGUGAACAGUUGCGACAGGGCUCAGAAUCGACGACUCCUCGUGGUCUGGUUGAAAGGAUUGGUUUGUUCGUUUGUGGCAUGCACGUGGUCGAGGUUUCGCGUGGAGAUCGCGCGGGUGGUCCGCAGGUUCGAGAGACAGGGGUGCAGAAGGACGUCGUGUUGCACAUCCAUCCCGAAAGAAUAUUAGCUAUUCCAGACUGGGAAGACGCGUACAACCACCAAUCCUUGGACGAGUUCCUCGUUGAUACCAUCGCGUCGGCUGUGAUCGACUGCUACGAACGUAAAGACAUGAGAUACACGAAGCCCAUUUUCGUUCUCGCUCCGAUCGUCGCACCUCCAGAGAAUGGCGAGCCUGCUGUGCGCGUGCUGCUUGCUGACUUCGACAACUCACAGCCGGAGAAAUAUUGGUAUUAUCCUGUGUGUGGGCAGCAUAAUGCGAGGGCGGCGAUGAAGGUGAAAGACCAUCCCGUGUUUGAGUAUUACAACUUCUAUAAAUGGUCGUUCAGACCGAUCUUCUUCCCUGAUGACGAGUUCGACGACUACGCCCAUGUCAGCUGCGAAGACAACAUGAAAGACAAGAAGAAUCCACCGCGCUUGCAGGUUUUGUCUAUGCGGCACAUUCGCAAUAUCUGGAAAAUUAAGGGCAAACCGCAUGUGGUGCUCGGCAAUACGUCGAAGAAAAAGGACGAGGUGCGAAAGUGGGUGCAGUUCAUGGCGUUGGCUAUGAAGAACACACCGUACACGCCUUUGUGGAACCUGUCAACGGAAGAAAAAAAAAGAAAGGAAUGGGCUGAGAAACUUCGAUACUACCUCCUGCUGGGCAUGGCAGAUGACUUCGUCUUCGCUUUGGGAGAGAAGUUCAACGAGGAGUGGUCGAAAGGGAAACUCCUUGCUUUCGACGGCCGGCGUUGGACUGAAAAGCCGCCCACCCACGAGGAGGUGGCCAAGCCAGGACUCUCCACUGUGACUGACAGCCAGGGGCUGAAGAAACACGUCUGGUACGUGAAGGUGGACGACCCGUCGUUGAAAAAGGGCAAGGGGAAGCCAAAGAAAGGCGCGGAGGAGAAAACUUUCUACGUCCAAGUUCAUGAGCCGGAUGUCCACUGCUAGAAGGAAUUGGUGGACUUGACGGACCGCAAGAAGAAAAGGUUGUUGAACGGCGUCUUGAACCUUAACGUCG